ACACAUGCUGCGGAAGAGGGGUGAGACUACAUUGGUGACACCGGACCUGAGCCGCAGAUCUAGUGUAGAGCGGAGAAAAGGCACGGAGAGGAUAGUGGAGUGGGCACUCCUGUGGGCUCGGAAAUCGGCAGGUGUCAGGUAGCAGCGCACUAGGCACACGGAGGUCACAGUGAGGAAAGGAGCAGCGAAGAGGGUCGCUGUGAGGCCUAGAGCAGGACUACAGAAAGGAUGCAGAUGGCUGAAGAGAUGAGGGCGGCGAGGAGAUUCUGGGAGGCUACAGUAGAGGUGAGGAGAUGAUAUAGAGAAACCAUAUCAGGGAGGAACUGUGCAGAGUUCUGUAGACAGUCGUAGAGGUGUGAUGGUGGUGGAGAGAAACUGUAAAGGACCACAGAGGUAAGGGAGCCAUUUUGGAGGGUCAUACACAUGAAAGGGUGAUGUAGAUGGGCAUAGAUGUGAGGUAGCAGUGAAAGGGGCUGAAGAGGAUCCAGGGGGGUGUUUAUGAGGAAGAAGUUUGAGAGGAGAAAGAAGCUACCUAGAGUGAGCUCUGUAGAGUGUGCCUUGUGGAGCAUCCUUAAGGCCUGACCUCGUGAAGACGUCUGAACUGGGCACCUGAGGCAUUUCAAGUAGUGACUUCCAACAUUUGGCUAGGAAUGUGGGUCCUUUUCCGAAGUGGGUACCCCCUCCGUAUCUUGCUACCCCUUCGUGGGGUGUGGAUGGGUCGGAGGGGCCUGCCCCGAAGCUUGGUCCCAGCCCCUCCUCGCAGACGGUACAGAAAGGAAGCUCUCCCAGCCUUGGAGGUACCAGCAUUGCCUGUAACUGCAACUGAAAUCCGCCAGUAUUUGCGGGGGCAUGGGAUCCCCUUCCAGGAUGGCCACAGCUGCCUGCGGGCACCAAGCCCCUUUGUGGAGUCUUCACAGCUCAAAGACCAGGCUGGUGUUACCACUUCCUUCAGCCUCUUCAUUGACAAGACCACAGGCCGCUUUCUCUGCAUGACCAGCCUAGCAGAGGGGAGCUGGGAAGACUUCCAGGCCAGUGUGGAGGGGCGAGGGGAUGGGAACCGAGAGGGGGUCCUGCUUAGUAAGACCCUAGAAGCUGAGGACAUUGAAGAGGUUCAGAGGAUCUGGGACCGAGCCGUACCUCUCUGGGAGCUUCCUGACCCAGAGGAAAUACAACUGGCUCGUACAAUGUUUGGCCUUAACAAGGUCACAGAUGACACUCUCAGGCGUUUCAGUGUGCGGUAUCUUCGGUCUGCUCGCAGCCUGGUCUUCCCUUGGUUCUACCCUGGGAGCUGGGGAUUACGAGGCCUGAAGCUAUUAGGGGCUGAAGGCCAGGGGGAUGGAGUGCACUACAUACAGACCACCAUUCCCCGGCCUGGUGCCUAUCACAAUCUGUUUGGACUGCCAUUGAUCAGUCAUCGAGAUGUUGAGGUGGUACUGACAAGUCGUGAGCUUGACAGCCUGGCCUUGAAACAAUCUACAGGGCUGCCCACCCUUGCUCUGCCUCGAGGAACAUCCUGCUUACCUCCGGCCUUACUCCCUUACCUUGAACAGUUUCGACGUAUUGUAUUCUGGUUAGGGGAUGACCUUCGUUCCUGGGAAGCUGCCAAAUUGUUUGCCCGAAAACUAAACCCCAAGCGAUGCUCCUUGGUGCGGCCUGGGGACCAGCAACCCUGUCCCUUGGAGGCCCUAAACCGAGGCUUAAAUCUUUCUCGUAUUCUUCGUUCUGCCCUGCCUGCCUGGCACAAGUCCAUUGUGUCUUUCCGGCAGCUUCGGGAGGAGGUGCUAGGGGAACUGUCAAAUGUGGAACAGGUAGCUGGUGUCCGCUGGAGCCGCUUCCCAGACCUCAGUCGUCUCUUAAAAGGGCAUCGGAAGGGCGAGUUGACAGUCUUCACAGGGCCAACAGGCAGUGGAAAGACGACAUUCAUCAGUGAGUAUGCCCUGGAUUUGUGUUCCCAGGGGGUGAACACACUGUGGGGUAGCUUUGAGAUCAGCAACGUGAGACUAGCCCGGGUCAUGCUGACACAGUUUGCUAUGGGGCGGCUCGAAGAGCAACUGGACAAAUAUGAUGAGUGGGCCGACCGAUUUGAAGACCUGCCCCUCUAUUUCAUGACUUUCCAUGGGCAGCAGAGUAUCAGAACUGUAAUAGACACAAUGCAACAUGCAGUCUAUGUUUAUGACAUUUGUCAUGUGGUCAUCGACAACCUGCAGUUCAUGAUGGGCCACGAGCAGCUGUCCACAGACAGGAUUGCAGCUCAAGACUACAUUGUUGGGGCCUUUCGGAAGUUUGCAACAGACACUAGCUGCCAUGUGACACUGGUCAUUCACCCUCGGAAAGAGGAUGAUGACAAGGAACUGCAGACAGCAUCCAUUUUUGGCUCAGCCAAAGCAAGCCAGGAAGCGGACAACAUUCUGAUCCUGCAGGACAGGAAGCUGGUAACUGGUCCAGGGAAACGGUAUCUGCAGGUGUCCAAAAACCGUUUUGAUGGAGAUGUAGGUGUCUUCCCACUUGAGUUCAACAAGAGCUCCCUCACCUUCUCCAUCCCACCCAAGAGCAAGUCCCGGCUCAAGAAGAUCAAGGAUGACAAUGGACUAGUGGCCAAAAAGCCAUCUUCUGGCAAAAAGGGGGCUACACCCCAGAACUCUGAGACAUGCUCAGACCUGGCCCCCAAUACCUACCAGCCAGAUACCUCCAAGCCUUCAGGGUGAAGGCUGUGCACAGAUAGUAGCUGAAAUAAGCCUGAUAGGACAGGCAGGGGCAUAGACUCUCUUAUCCCUCUGCUAGGGUUCCUCUGUCCUGUGGUUCUGAACUACGGGCCCUUCUUAGUCUGAGUGGUCCUAACCUUAGGCAGGGUUCCAUGCUGAGGAAAUUCAAUUAAGCAAAUAUUUGAGAACCUACUAUGUAUCAGGCUUUGUUCAAGUUCCUAGGUACCCAGCCAGCACUGAAAAGACAAAGUCUCUGUGUCCAUAUAAACUGCAUUCUGGGGGAAGAGACAAGAAAAUGACAAAUAAGCACAACAUAGUUUUAGUUGAUGAAAAUGCUAUGAACAGAAUAGUAAUGUGAUAGAGUGCUUGCAGGAUAGUUUAGAUGAGUAGCCUAAAAAGGUACCUUUGAGCAGGGGGUAUGUGAGCUGGACCCUAAAGAAGUAGGAGUGAGUAAUGUGAAUAUCUGGAGAAAGAGGGAUCCAGGCACAGAGAGAAAUAAAUAUAGAGCCCUGAGGUAAGUAUGAACAAGUCAAAUUUGAGGCCAUGAGAUCAAACCACCCUAAAUCCGGAGGGAAGUAGACUUCUUGCCAAAACUCCAGCCGCACUAUUGAGACCUAAAGGGUGGGCUUGGUGCCUGUGGCUUAAGCGGCAUCAGCCACAUACACCUGAGC